AUGUCUUUCGACGAGUACAUUGAGAAGACGGUGGAAAGCGGCGGGCUAUCGGGCGUUGCCCUGUGGGCCAAGGACAAGAACGGAAACAUCAUCUACAACCGCGCGCUAGGCGUUGCCAGCCUGGAGAACCCAGACCCGGCGCAGCGGCCGCCGAUGAGCAUGGACACGGUCGUCCGCCUCGCCUCGUCUUCCAAACUGCUGACGACCAUCGCCGCCCUGCAAGCUGUCGAGAAGGGUCUCCUCAAACUCGACGACGACGUGGCCGGGCACGUCCCCGAGCUGGCGUCGCUCGAAGUGUUGGAGGGCUUCACCUGGUAUGGCAAGCCAAUCACACGGCCGCGCGACCCGGCCGCGACCAUCACGCUGCGGUCCCUCCUCAAUCAGACGUCGGGCGCCGGCUACGAUUUUCUGCAGUGGCAGCCGCUGUGGCGUGUCCGGUGGUGGCGCUCUGAGAAGGUGGCCGGCGGCAGCAGCCUCGAGGCGCGUCUGGCGCACCCGCUGCUGCACGAUCCGGGCGACGGCUGGACGUACGGCAGCGGCGUGACGUGGGCAGGCCGUGUUGUGGAGCGCGUGGCUGGCUGCUCCCUGGAAGAGUGGAUGGCACGCCAUAUUGCCAAGCCGCUGGGCAUAUCGAGCUUGACGUUCUUCCCACAGCGCAACCCCGACCUUGCCCGCCGCCUCGCCGGCAUGUCGUCCCGCAGCCCGUGGACCGGCGCCUUGUCGUUUGUCCCAGACACCGUCUUCCCGGAGAAGAACGACGCCGGCGAAGACGUCUGCAUGGGUGGCGAAGGCGUCCAUUGCACCGUGGCCGACUUUUGUGCCGUCCUGUAUUCGCUGCUCGUCGACGAUGGCAAGCUGCUGGCACCCACAACGACGGCUGCCAUGUUUAGCAAGCAGCUCGCGCCGAACCAGCACCCACCGCUGGAGGCGUGUCUCGACCUCCCGGUGUGGAUCUGUCGCAGCAUCCUCAACAAGGGCGAGCACGACUGGGGGCUGGGCGGUGUCUUGGUGGACGGCACGACCAAGACCGGCCUGCAGGACGGUGCGCUGAUGUGGAGCGGCCUGUAUCACAUUUUAUGGUGGGUGGACCGCAAGGCCGGUGUGUGCGGGUUCUUUGCGACGCAGUUGGUGCCGGCCGUGGACAAGGUCGGGGUGCCGAGCAUUGUGGCAUUCCAAAAGGAAGUCUACCGGCGGAUGGGGUACAGCCUCGACGCUGGAAAGACCCUUGGCCCCAUUGUUGAGGAGACGGAGGGAAAGACUGAUUCGAAGCCGGGCGCUCAUCCCGAAACCACAAAAACCAAUGAGCCAGCGUCGCCAACAAGGGCGCUCGCAGCAUGGGCGUCGAGUUUCUGGACAAAGGAAUGA